AUGCCAACAGGCAACGAGAAGGUAAACAUUAACAUUGUGGUCAUGGGCCAAUUCGGAUCUGGCAAGUCAACAACUGCCUGUAAAAUCUUUAAUCUUGAAGGUACUAACAUUGAAAAGCAUGUUUCUAAGAAGUCAGACAAGAAAGCUACUGAGAAGAAAAAGAGAUCAUUCAAGUAUGAUUGGGCGCUUAAGAAGCUCGAGGCCAAGCAGAAGCAUGGUACCACAAUUGGUAUUGAACUGUUCAAGUUUGAGAAAACUAAGUACCGCUUCACGGUCACUGAUGUUACUGAUCGUCGCGACUUUCUUAAGAACAUGAUCACCGGCAUUUCUCAGGCUGACUGUGCCAUUCUAAUUGUUGAUUCCACCGCUGCUCCUUACAAAUUAGAUGAACAGACUCGGGAGCAUGCAUUGCUUGCUUUCAUCCUUGGUGUCAAAGAGAUGAUCUGUUGCUACAACAAGAAGAAACCCUAA